AUGAAGCGCAGUGCAUCAGCAGUACCCAAAGUCGCGUCAAGAGCCAAGAAACCUCGACCGAAAGUGCCCGAGUAUCAUUUAACCCCUUCGAUACGAGAUGAGGAAUCGGGCGAAAUCGUAUGGCCAGCUCCUAGAGCUCAGAUCGAGCGUGCUCGAGAUUUUAUUCUAGAGUGCGCCUCCGCAAAAAAGAAGACCUUGAUUGUACCUGAUAAAGAUGCAGAUGGGUUAACAUCAGGCGCUAUUUUGCAGAAGACUCUUGUCUUACUUGGUUUAGAGCCUCAUCUCAUAUCGGCCCAUCUGCUUCAAAAAGGCAGCAGCAUUCAUAAAGAGGAUGAGCGCGCUUCUAUGGCUGCUUAUAAUCCCGAAUAUAUAUUUGUUUUGGAUCAAGGAUCGAUGAAUUGGCCUCCAGUAAUAGACGCCCCUCAUAAAGCGCUGAUCAUAGAUCAUCAUUGGGCAUUGGAGGAUGAUUUUCCCAAGGGCUCAGAGCAUGUUACGGCGUGCAACUCUCCUCCAGUCGCUACGAGCUCACUACUUACCUACUACAUUUGCAAUGAGUUGCAUGAGCAAGUGCAGACAAAAUGCGAUUGGUUAUGUGUAAUGGGUACUCAUGGCGACUUGGGCAAUGCGUUGAAGUGGGAGCCACCUUUUCCAGAUAUGAAGCCUACCUUCAAGGCCUAUACCAAAAAGGCGCUGAACCGCGCCGUGUCACUCAUUAACGCUCCCCGUCGAACUGCAACCUAUGAUGUUCCCGCUGCCUGGGAUGCUCUAACAGCAGCCAGCUCGCCUGCGGAACUCCUUACGAACCAGAGUCUCCUUGCCGCCAGGGCUGAAGUGAACGCCGAAGUAGAUCGAUGCACCCGUACGGCCCCGAAGUUUUCGGGUGACGCCAAGAUUGCUGUUUUCCGCAUCAAUUCGCCCGCGCAAGUUCAUCCAGUGAUAGCCACGCGCUGGGCGGGAUACCUACAGUCGCCAAAGUUGGAAGUGAUCCUAGUAGCUAACGAAGGCUAUCUCCCGGGUAUGGUCAACUUCUCGUGCCGAGUCCCUCGAAGCGCGAGGGCAAGGGAUCAGCCUCCAAACAUUAUCGAAGUAUUGGAGGAAGUCGCCGCAAGGGCGCCAAACCCGACCCUACGCGAAAGACUUGGAGAGUCGUUCGCAAGAGGACAUAAAGAAGCUAGUGGAGGUAUAGUUCCGAUAGCAGAGUUUGAAGAGUUCAUGGACAUCCUAGAAAUCGGGAAGAAGCCUGAAGGGGAAAGUCCGAAGAAGGUUAAGAAAGCCGCUGCUGCUCCGAAACAGUCAAAUACCCUGACAAACUAUUUCAGUAAGCAAACUACUGCGUAG